AUGUCCUACCCCCAACCUCCCGCGCAGAGGCCGCCGCCUCUGCGACAAUAUAAUAAUGGCCCCUCGCCCUCCGUGGCGUCGCCCGGAGGAUAUUCGCAAGAUGGUUCCUACGGAUAUAGCGACGGAGGCAUGAGCAGACACGAUUAUCCGGAUCCUGCCCACGACGACGGGUACAGCGUACACUCUGCUUCAUCGGGGCCGCCUUAUAGUGCCCCGCAAUCCCAACCGCGCUCCAUGCGCCCACCGGGACCUCCAGGCCCAGGCCCGGGGUAUGGGCGCCCGCCAAACGGUUACCCUCCCGGAGGAAUGCCCCCACAAUCGCGACCGCGAACACCUGGUGGACGCUCAGCCCCAGGUCCAGGUGGCAGCUAUGACAGUCCCUUCCCAUCCUACCAAAACCAAGAUCCUAGAGACCCAAGAGCUCGACGAGAUCCCAGAGAUCCCAGAGAUCCUAGGAGCGCAAGACCCCCGAGAGACCCCCGAGACCCAAGAGAUCCACGAGAUCCACGAGACCCUCGGGGCGGCAGAGACCCGAGAGAUCGUCGCGCGCCGCCCCCGCGAGGACUGGAGAGUAGCAUGUCUGCCAUGGAUCUCAAUGGGAGGCCAGUGGAUAUGAACGGACGAGGUCCCCCGCGACCCCAUACUUCGAACGGAAGACGCCCCGAGAUGCGACAGCCACCACCGCGCGGUCCUCCCCCUGGACGUGGUCGCGGCGGGUAUCCAAUGGGCCCAGUGCGAGCUGGGAGCUCUGGCCGACCAGAUCGCCCUGAUCGCGACUAUAUGGAUCCCAUGGGUCCCAUGCCUCCACCUCCACGAAGCACAACAAUGCCACUUGGUCCGCCAAUGGGUGCACCCUCUUACCCGGGCCAGUCGACUUACCAGGAAUCAGAUUACGCUGGCAGUCCGAUGGAUCCUCCUAUGCGCCCCAACACGGCGGGGAGCAUGCGACCCCCGCAAUCUCGUGCCCCCAAUGAUAUAGAUCCUGGCUUGAUCAUCCCAUCCGCUGGGCUGAUGAUUCCCCCAGAACCCGCCAACCGGGUUUCGUAUGCUCCGAAAGACUUCUUGGACAGCUACUACGAGUCCAACCAUGACGAGCCUGAUAUGCCGAAUUUCGAUGCCAUGCCGGCUGCUGGUCAGCACACUACCAUCGAUGAAAUGGGAUUAGAAACACCUAAGAGCAAGCCACCAGCUCAUCCAAACUCCUCGCCCGGAAACUACAAUACGUAUUCACCUACAGGAGACGACUUCAUGCGCUCUCAGUCUCAACCCAACCUCAGACAGAAUGAAGCCCCUAAUCAGUUUGAAAAUGCUGGAUUCCACUUCGGUAUUCCUGGAGAAGCACCGCCCGGCCCCGCUGUUGACCACGGGUACGCACAAAAUGGCUAUGAAGAAUACCCUGGCUACUCGCAGGCUCCCGCCCCGGUCCAGAAUCACCAACCAGGCUAUUACGACCAGCCCGAGGCCCCCGAACCCCAGCAAAACCCAGAUGCCUUGCCGCAUCACCCGGCUCCUUUCCGUCUUGGCCACGAUCAAGGAUCCAAACCUGCGCCAGUCCGGCAAUAUAGCGCCCCCGAAACUGCUCCUGCUUCUGCACCAGCCCCAGCCUCGCAGCCCGUCCUGGUACCCCGAGGACCCGCCCAGGCCCCUGUCACAAUUGAUGAGCUGCAGCGUAUUCAGCAGCAGGCUCGAAGCAACCCCGCUGAUCAGAAAACUCACCUUCUCCUCGCUAAGAAGCUGGUCGAGGCAUCCACCGUCUUAGUGGGCGAUAACAGCCGCCUCGACCCAAAGACCAAAGCCAAGGCAAAGGAGAAGUACAUCAUGGAUGCGCACAAGAUCAUCAAGAAGCUCGUCACUGGAGGAUACUCGGAGGCGCAGUUCUUCCUAGCCGAUUGCUACGGCGAAGGCCUCCUCGGAUUAGAGGCCGACCCCAAAGAAGCCUUCUCACUGUACCACUCCGCCGCGAAACAAGGCCACGCCCAAUCAGCCUACCGAGUCGCUGUUUGCUGCGAGAUCGGACAGGAAGAAGGCGGGGGCACCAAACGCGACCCCUUCAAAGCAGUCCAAUGGUACAAGCGCGCCGCCUCUCUAGGCGACACACCCGCCAUGUACAAAAUGGGCAUGAUAAACCUGAAAGGACUCCUCGGCCAAGCACGCAACCCACGCGAAGGCGUGUCCUGGCUGAAACGAGCAGCCGAGCGCGCUGACGAGGAGAACCCUCACGCCCUCCACGAGCUGGCAUUGAUGUAUCAGAAUGCCGGCGGGAACGACAUCAUCGUCCGUGACGAACAAUACGCCUCCCAGCUCUUCCACCAGGCUGCUGAACUGGGCUACAAGUUCUCUCAGUUCCGCCUUGGAAAUGCCUACGAGUACGGGUUGAUGGGAUGUCCCAUUGACAACCGUACCAGUAUCAUCUGGUAUACGCGUGCUGCGGCCCAGGGCGAACAUCAGAGCGAACUUGCGCUCAGUGGUUGGUACCUUACUGGGUCAGAGGGCAUUCUCCAACAAAAUGACACAGAGGCAUAUCUGUGGGCGCGCAAGGCUGCAACUUCGGGCCUUGCCAAGGCAGAGUAUGCCAUGGGAUACUUCACUGAAGUUGGAAUCGGCUCUGCUGCCAAUCUUGAUGAUGCAAAGCGUUGGUACUGGCGUGCAGCUGCCCAAGGAUUCCCUAAAGCUCGUGAGCGUCUCGAGGAUCUCAAAAAGGGCGGUAGUCGCAUGGAGAAGACGCGACUUUCUCGUUCGGCUGUUAACAAGCAGACGCACAUCUGCCCGUUAUUCUGCUAUUUACUUUCCAAGGUUACACCGUAUAUGUCUUCUGAAGCAACGCAAAACCAGAAUCCACCCAGCCGAAAAACCGCCGUAUCAAUCCUAGCUGUUCUCAUUGCUAUUACCAUCGCCCUAUUCUGGGGUGAAACAGCCAAUCUGUUCGGACUACGACCUUUCUUCUCGCGACCUGCAGCCAUAUCACCGUCUAUUGUCGACACUGCACCGGGAAGUACAAUGGCCAGCAAGACGCCAAUCUACUUCCUUAGCCAUGGCGGCCCAAACGUGAUGUACGAAGUUGAUCACCCAGCCUACCGCAAGCUGGGCCAGAUCGGCCGGGAGAUCACGACAAAGGUCAAGCCACGAGCUGUGGUGGUUUUCUCGGCUCAUUGGCAGGCUGCCCGUGAUACGAUCCAGGUCAAUACUGCCGAAAUGACAGAUUUGAUUUAUGAUUUCUAUGGUUUCCCAAGCCACUACUAUAAAGAGAAGUAUCCCAAUGUGGGUAGUAAGGAGGUUGCGAAUAAGGUGCUUGGCCUGCUGAAAGAUGCUGGGAUUGCAGCCGAGGGCGUGAAGCGCGGUCUUGAUCAUGGUGUUUGGGCUAGCUUCAAGUGUGCCUUUAAACCUGACACCAAUCCAUUGAAUGUGCCGAUUGUACAAGUUUCAUUAUUCAACAGCGAAGACCCAGACCAGCACUACCGACUGGGUCAGGCAGUUGCCCGUCUGCGGGAAGAGAAUAUCCUGAUUAUUGUUUCCGGGAUGGCGGUGCAUAACCUGCGUGAUCUGCGGUUUGCUUUUGGUAGCAAGACGCCUCUUCCGUAUGCUGUUAGUUUUGACGAGGCGCUCAAGGAGGCUGUGACUACUGCUCCGGCAGAGAGACAGCAGGCGAUGGCGGAUUUGUUGAAGAGGCCUGAUGCGCGUCAGGCUCAUCCUUCUUUUGAGCAUUUGUUGCCGAUUCAUAUUGGGGCUGGUGCUGCGGGUGAGGAUUUGGGGAAGAGGAUUUGGACGUUCCCUGAGGGGAGUAUGAGUUGGGCGCAGUAUCGGUUUGGGGAUGUUGGGAAUGCUAGUUCGUUGUAG